AUGUUCAGUCAAAUGGAUGUUGCGGCACCUCCUGAGAGCAACGGCUGUCUCACCUUCCGGAAGUGCUUUGAGAUAGGAUACUCUCCAGCACUGAAGGAAAAGCAGCAGUUCCCGUUGCCGUUCGAGCGGAACGAUAACCUGUCAGCUACUCGACUUGAUGUGCCGUUGAACUCUGCGAAGUUAUUAGCUCAGCGGCUAACUCCCAAUGGGGGGUCAAUUUACUCCAACCAUAGUCAUGACCGACUCCAUCCACGUUCAUUAGCUCAGAAGCACCGGUCUCGAUCGUCGCACUGCUUACUGUCAUUUACACGGAAGUUCGCGGUGCCAGCUGUAGCUGCUAGCCGAUCCAGUCCCUAUGUCGGAUAUUUUUUGAAGCAUGGAAAGAGACCUGUUGAAGGAGAUAAGGUCUCCAACUCGCAGUCUAUGACGGUAGCACGUAUGUCCACUGUAGCGAUGGGAGCUGCUGAACGCUUUCUUAGCUGGAUGCUCAUGACUUCGUCGGGUUUACCGUACGCUGAAAUGGCGAAGAUACACCACAGGGUUCAUAGCCGACGACAACAUACGUGUACGAACUCUAUAUUGAGAAAGAGCAACUCGUGUAAGAAGGCUCAGCGGGUGAGCUACUCCUCAGAGACUCGAAAGAUUUAUGGUAUUGACUCGUAUGUCAAUGGCAAAAAAUGCAAUAAUGUUGUUGCUGAUUUGGAUGUUAAGGAAGAGGGCAACCUGCUGGAGGAGGGUGGAAAGAAGUCAGCAAGUGCAGUUGAGGAAGCGCCUGCAAAGCGACGAGAUGAUUACAUCUUUGAAGCACCGACGAGCCGUUGUGUGGUUGCAUCAACACCAACUGUGGGGACGAAUACUGGGCGUUCUGUGAGCAUAACGGGGAGAAAAAGACGGCGACAGAGUCAAGCAGCGGACUACUUCGUCGAUGUUGAUAUUAGGGUUCAGUUAGGAGGGAAAGCUUAUAGAACUCGGGUGAAUAUGUUCCCCAAGGGUCGCCUCCUGAGUCAAAUUAAGAAAUUUAUGAUGAAGGAAGCUCACUUGAGGGAAUGCUCAGUGCGUGAGCAGCCCUGGGUGGUUCUUGGUCACAGCGGGGUUACUGAAGCUGAGCUCGACCCUGAUGCGCCGGCAGAGAUAGCUGCUGAGUAUGAGUAUCUCCUGACUUUAAUCAGACGCGUAUCAAUGCUCGAAAUUCUAAGCAGCCGCAGAACGUCGUAUAGGCGGACCCUGCAGCAGAGAGCUCAGGGAUGUGCAAUGCGCAUUCGUAAAAUUAUGAGUAGGGCAGGCGCCUCGGGUGUCACCGUCUUUGAUUGGGACGAUACACUCUUUCCAAGCUUUGUUAUUUGCUCGCGACCAGUGAUGACGAUGGAGCUCUGGAACGAGUUGCAAGAGCUGGCUCGAGUUGUGGAAGAAUUACUCAAAUGCUGUCUCCAAGUGGGGACAGUCGUCAUCGUGACCAACUCUGAGGAGGGAUGGGUAGAGUAUAGCGCCCAAACCUACUUUCCCUCUCUGACUAAGGUCCUGCGACAGUGUCGCAUUAUAUCAGCUCGAACUACGUAUGAGGAGCAGUACCCCGAGGAUCAAUAUGCGGACACUUCAUCGUUGUGGAAAUUACUAGCUUUCGCUCUUUUGUGGAUCGAGUUCAAACCCUCUCAGUUGAUUUCGAUAGGAGACUCUGUGAAAGAACGGCAAGCGUGCUUGAAAGCGGCCGCUGCCUCCACGUACCAUUGCCUUCCCAAAAGCGUCAAAUUGGUCAGCGCUCCAAGUUGUAAAACUCUCAUUCGAGAACUCACGAUUCUUCGAGAGGCCUUUCAAGACUUAUUCAUGUUCAACAGCCCAGUAGACGUUUCCUUCGAUGGAGAGCACUGGCAGUUGCAAAGUGAUUAUUCUGCUGAUCUGUGA